AUGCGGAGCGUGAUGAGUCGGAACGGGAUGGAAGAGUCGACGCGGGGUGGAAUAAAGCGAACAGGGAGAAUGAUACGGAGAAGAGAGGGACGAAGAGGCGGAAUGGGACCGGACAAACAGGGAUGGAAGAGGCGAGGAAAGGCCAGCUCUGCAGGAUGGGACAGUCCUGGUCGCGGACGCGAUGGAAAUGAGACGAGGUUUUUGGUGGGUCAAGUAGGAAACUGGAGUACGAGGGAAUGGCGGAGGAAGAGAUCAAGCAGCAGCCGAAUGGGAGCAGGUGAAAGAGCGCUCACAUUUAUGAUGAAAAGCUACGUAAAUGAGGAGAAGGAAGGGGCUGUUGAUAUCCCGUACAAACCAGUACCUCCUAUUAUUGAAGGCGCCGGGCGCCCCGUGUCUGCUCGCCGCGGCUAGCCGCUUGGCAGCGCUGCAGUCGCGUCGGCUCGGGGUGGUUGAGGCUCUCGUCUCCACCCCUCGCUGGCAUUCCUUGCGUCGGGGGAGUCUUUGCAAACGGAAGGAUUAUGCUUUGGGAAUCGCCCUUUGGGACUGACAGCUAGCACGGCCGCGUAGUGCGCUGUUGCCAUGCUGUGACGCGACUUCGCGUCUUUUCCAUGGCAUUCUACACAUGCAUUCUAGUGAUGCGACAUUGAUGUACGCAACAAAUAAAAACAUCAAUAUUAAUAAGACGUGGAACACAAUACAUCGAUGUUUUUAAACACAGAGGUUUUUAAGCUGGUGUAAUAAACUCUAACAGUACAUUUGUUCGCAAGAAAAAUUAAUUUGACAUAUUUAGUAUAUUAAUUUAUAAUUAAAAUUCAACUUACAACAAUUAAAAAUGCCUUCUUGUGUGCAAAAU